UAUAAGGACAGAGCAGCUACAGGCCAAUCACAGCACAAAGCUUCUGUCUACAGCUUCUGUCAGACUCUUGAGUUCAACCUGCUGUAGCUGAACUGUUGUGUUGGUUUUCUUUGAGGAUUCAGGAUGGUGUUUGGUUUGAUUCUGAGGUUUUCAUGGAUUUGUUUCCUGCUCUUUGGCAGCAGUGCAGGUUAUCCUGCACCAAAAGGCGGUGGGGCAGCAUCUAGUCCAGUAUACAGGGCUGCUCCAGCAUACCCUGCUGCUGGGUACAUGGACUUUGGUGACGGACCUGUUCCUUACAUCGGUGCUCCUGCAGCCUCCAGCUCUGCCGGCUCUUAUGCUUACGCUGCUCCUGUAGCCUACAGCUCUGGUGAUGACGGUGAUUUUUCUCCUGGCCUUCCUUGGUCCAUGCAGCCUGCAGGGGGAGCCGACUCCUCAUUCUCCGACCCCAGCAACUGGAUGCCAUCUCGAGAGUUCCCAGACUUCAGUGUCUGGGACUCCAAUACCGAGAUGCCGCAGAGCAUGAGCGAGACUUCCCCUCUGCCCCCUCUACCCCCUCUGCCGCCUUCAUCCUACAUCAUCCAGUCUAGAAAUGGCUACCAGCGAGCACAAGAGUUCCUUUCCCACACUAAAUACUCCCCAGAGUACCCUGAACCACCAGUCUUUGCUGCUGAGACCGUCAAAGCACCACACAUGUCUCCACCAGAGGCUGGGAGCAAAGGAGGAAAGAAGGUUUAAAGAGGUGCAGCUGAUCGGCAGAGCCCUCCUGAACCUGGUUUUGGAGAAGUGAAGAAAUUUUAAUAAAUUCUUAAAAAUAAGA